AUGGCGUCGUUAGAACGUCUUGAAAUAAGAGCAAUAAUAAAAUUUUGUCAAGAGGAAGGCGAAACACCAUCUAAAACUUACAAAAGGAUAUUGGGUAUCAAGGGAAAAGCCUCAGUACACGCACGCUGGGUCCCACGACUACUUCAAGACCACGAGAAGGCUCGCCGAGUACAAGAUUCCCGGGAGUUUCUGCGCCGGGUAAAUCGAGAGGGUGGUGAUUUUUUAGGUCGCAUAAUUACAACAGACGAAACCUGGCUGUGGUUUUAUGAUCCGGAAACCAAGUCGCAGUCAGCUGUUUGGAAGAAGAGUACUUCACCACCACCAAAGAAGGCCCGCGUGUCAAAAGGCGGCGGGAAAUACAUGUUUAUCAUGUUUGCAGAUAUGCACGGAAUGAUCCUACAACACGCCGUCCCGAAGAAUACCACUGUUAACGCCGAAUAUUUUUGCAAGGUGCUCAGAUGUGAUCUCGUGCAUGCUCUUGAGAAGAAGCGACCCGGUGUGCCACUCGAACAUUUCAUCCUACAUAUGGAUAACGCAUCCUCCCAUACAGCCGCAGUUACCGACCUAGAAGUAGCCGUGUUAGGUUUCGGUAGAGUUGCCCACCCACCUUACUAG